CUCGCCAAGAGUUCAGAUCUGGAAAAUCAGGAAAUACCUUGCCACACAUCGAAGUUAUCAAGUGCCAUAUUUACGUAACAUUUUGAGACACUCAAAUAUGGCCAUUCCAUUUUUCGAAGAAGAGCACGCCUCAAAAUCGGAACCCAGUGGCGAUCAAGUCGAUAGCCCCAUGGCUUUCUCCAUAGACCCCGGACAUGAUCAAGUGGACUUUGAAGGACCUCCGUCUGCGGCAGAGGAACUCCCGCCACCAGGAGCAACAAGUGAGUCAGUUGCGCCUCCGAGUGCCGAGGAGCAACUGCUGGCCUGGAAAUUCCUGGCCAUCACCAUGUGCAAGGUCCUGAAGCAAUUUUACCUACAGCACAAGUCAUCCGGAAAAUCGAGCAAACUAAAGGCCACCGUUCAAAUACAACCGCAGGCGCAGUAAAUACUUUGAAAACCAACUUAAGCACCAACUAAGGCUCCUAAAAGCGCAACUUGUGAUUACUUUACGUUGGUGAGAACUAGCGCAGCCGGAAAAUUUCGAGAGAGAAUGAGCGAGACAGUGACAGAGAAAUGUGAAUCAAUUUCCCAAGGAAAACCCUAAAACAAGAUUAACUUUUGAUACAUGUAUUUUCUUUGCUGGAAAUUAAG